AUGUUGCGUUCACUCUCGUUAGUCCUCCAGACAUAUUCCCUCGCCAUCUUGAUCAGGGGCAGUGUAGCGGCCGACAUCAGCGACCAUGAACUCGACAUCAUUCUCGACAAACGACAAAACUACACCUGCAGCAAUCAAGGGCUCCAGGACGUCUGCGAAACAAACUCUGCAGACUGCAUAGCUGCCAUGUGCGAGUCAUGCUCUGGCUAUGUCUUUAUCGCCAAUUGCUGUGCCCUGGCCAGCUACACGGCGAUGUUGCAAUGCCUUCUCGAGGUGCAGAGUGACCCCUCCGAGAUCACCAUGACCAUCGGGUCGACUGCGACAAGCAACAGCCCCGGCACGAGUACCAUCACAGCACCAUCGAGUGCGGCACCCUCUCUCGGCAUCAGCGGGGCGGACGCGUGUUCCGCUUUUGAAGAGAUUGUGCUUGGGUGCGAAAACGCGACGCCGGGCUUCUCGACCGAGGCGUUCAGCCGACAGACAAGCUGCCUGUGCUACAGCAACGGCACGUAUCAGCCUGACCUUUACGACGGCAUGUUCGCAGGCUGUCUCGCCUACCUUUCCACGGCCACGCCCGCAGAGUACUCGAGUAUCGCCACUGGAUCUGUUGAUUUCGCACCGUGCAAAAAUGCGGUAACCACCACCACCCAAACGCACUCGUCUUCUAGCACCCAUUACAUUGGGUACACAACGACCAGCACGUCGGCAGCUGCGUCUACCUCGGCCACACCAAGCAGCGCAACACCCACAGGACCCACGCAGACACCAGAGGCGGAUAGAAAUGGAAGCGCGGGCCUAGGAUUGGUAAGUCGGACCCAGAACCCUCGCUUGUUCUUUCCUACCCGCUACUUGAAGCACUCGGCUGAGUCCGCCAAAAACAGAAUCGCCGGAUUUCACUAG